UGUGUGUAUAUAUAUAUAUAUAUAUAUAUAUAUAUAUAUAUAUAAAAACAGAAAUGUGAAAGGUUUUCAGUCUGAUGAGUGCCUUUCUUUUUAAAAAAGGGACAAUGCUGUACCUUCACAAUCACCAUCCAAGCUCCGGUGGCUCAAAUGUGUCACAUUUACAGUAUUUAUUUAGCAAAGCUCUGACAUCUUGCACCUUAACCGACAUUUAUUGUCUCUUAUGCUGAUAAGAGUGACUGGAAUGGAGGAGUGUUUAAUCUCAGAGGAAGAUUUUUUUUUUUUUUUUUUGUUGUAAUGUGUAAAAACACGACGAUGAUGACAUUUGUGAUGGACGCGCAGAGUACUCUGCAUUCAAUGUGUAAAUGCCCUCGGCAGGUACAGCAUCGCGAGGUUCGACGGUGUGCACGUUUAGUCAGUAUUUUUGUAGAAACUUGUAUUAUAGUCUGUGAGAAAUGUGGAGUUUCUGUGGAUCGUAAUUGUAAAGAAAACCCAUGACAAAUGUGUCUAUCCCCAGAAAUAUUUUUUUUUUUUUUUUAUGUUGGAGUGAAGAAGUGUUUGGACUCUUGUUUUUGAUCUCUGUGGUUACAUUUUUACUCGGUCUGAACUUGAAUAAAGGACAUGGAGCUGUCCGCAGCGUGCUCUCCUCUCUGCGAGACGAAGGCGAAAAGGAGCGCUGGCAGAUGCUUUCACUUGAAAUGCCGUGUUAAACACAUUCAGCAAUAAAAGCAAAAUGAAUGUUUGCCUCCUUCUUGCUCUCUUCUCUCACCUCUGAGUUGGACAUUAACUAAUGGGCGUGGCUCCGAACGCCAACCUUUCAAUAAAGUGGGAGCCUGUGAGCUGCUCUCCCACUCCUGACCACGUUUCACAAAGCAGUGAGGUUUCUGUCUAUCGAUGGCGAAAUCAAUGACUCUGCUGUGGGGCGCCGGCUCUCCUCCCUGCUGGAGGGUCAUGAUCACCCUGGAGGAGAAGAAGCUGCAGGGCUACAAACACAAACUGCUUUCUUUUGAGAAAGAGGACCAUAAAUCUCAAGAGGUUUUACAAAUCAACCCCAGAGGACAGCUUCCUGCUUUCAAACAUGGGGACGACAUAAUCAAUGAGUCCGUUGGAGCGUGCUUAUACCUUGAGAAUCAGUUUAAGUCCCAGGGCAACAAGUUGAUUCCUGACAGUCCUCCACAGCAAGCUCUGAUGUACCAACGCAUGAUGGAGGGUCUCACCCUCACAGAGAAACUAAACUUGGUCGUCUUCUACGACUCGUAUGCCCCUGAAGGAGAGCGUCACGACUCUGCUGUGAAGAGAAACAAGGACAAUCUGGUAGCUGAACUUCAGCGUUGGGAGGGCUACUUGGAGAAUGUGGCUGCGGGCUCCUACCUUGCAGGUGCCUUCUCCUUAGCCGACGUGGUUGCCUUUCCAAACAUUGCUUAUGCCUUCCGUUAUGGGCUUUCCGUAGGACGUUACCCCAAACUGGCCAAAUACUAUAGCCUUCUGAAGGAUAGACCCAGCAUUAAAACUACUUGGCCCCCACAGUGGUACCAAAUCGCACAAAGAUCUGAAAUCCUGAAGGACCUUUGAGAGACAAAAACACUGCUUUCAUGUGAUCCAAACUUGCUUUUUCUUUGGGAUUGCAAACUUAGUGAAAUAUGACAGCUAUGUCUUAUUUGCGGUGCAUGCAAAGAGCUUUUUAAUUGCAUUAUCAUAUUAUACGUGUGGACAAUGGAUCAGUUCUUCAGCGGAGUCCCAAAAUGUUAGAAAUGGCUUUGUAAUCUUUCCCAGACUGAUAGAUGUUUGCAUUUGUUUGCAUGUUUUUAUUUCUCAUCUGUUCUUGAAAUAGGGGCAUCCUAUGUUUUAGUUUUAGAUACCUGUUAGCGUCCAUCAUGUACUCAGGAAGGUUCACUUUAAGUGAUUUCUUGAUUCUACAGGUCAGACCGUAAUCAGGCGUGGGUGUGUCUUGUGAAGUUGAACUCCCUAAAAAAUGCGGUUAAUCAUAGUUAAUUUAGUAGUAACUACGGGGUAUGAUGAUUUUUUUUUUUUUCAUGUAAGGCUAGGAUGGCUUGGACAGCCCUUAAUAAAUAAACUGGUUUCAAAACUG